UAUCGCUGUCGCUGUUCUUACUCGUGCUAUUCAUUUGUCAAGUAACCUAUUCACGGUUUUGUUACUCUACAGAAGAAAGUACCAUGUUAAGAGCCCGCUGAUACCGAGCGAGAUUAAAUUACCAUUAGAACUAAGCUUAUCUUAUCGUACAACAAAGGACAAAGAUGUUGUAGGAGCGACCUUGCCAAGAACACAGUCAGUCAAAUCGGCCCGUCAAAAAGUUAAUCGACCCUUCCCGGACUUUCAACCCACAUUUUCAUCCUGUUGACCGUUAACGAUGCGUUAAUUACCAGUGACCUAUUUGACUCUUAGGCGAAAUGGCAUCCGUAACGCGAGAACCUGCUCCAUCUUUUGAGGAAUUAGUGAGAGCGUUGAGCACCCGUCAGUUGCCUCUUCCUCGCCUGCUUAGAGCGCUUCAGAUUAUUGGUCGUUCGAUGAAGCGUGAUCCAUCUUUAGUGACAGAUCUCCAAAGGUUGGGUGGCGUCUCAUCGCUUUUGCACUAUAUUGAAAAGCCACGAGUGGCUGAUCUUGCCCUCAGCGUGCUUGCCAACUGCCUUGUCCAUGCGCGGGUACGCGCUGAAGUGCUUGAAAGUAACGGGGUCACCAGUAUCGUACGUAUUCUUACAAAUAUCGCGGAAGAUUCGAUACGAAACAGGGCAUGCCGAGCUUUAGCCAAUACGGCUUUAAGUGCGCGAGGAGCUCAUUAUGUGCACCAAAUUCAAGGAAGUGUUCAUGCAAUCGUUGAUUUCCUCAAUACUACCAAAUCCAAGGAUUCCCAGGCCACCGCAAUGCGUGCCUUGCGUGUUCUUGGAGGCACAUCGGCGUACCGAGAAAGUAUCGCUUCUUUUGGUGGUGUCGCUGCGCUCGCUCGGAUUCUGUUGAUGGUUGCUGAACCUUUAAGAAAGCCAUGCACUGAGGCCCUUGAAAGACUCACUCACAAAUGUACACUGAUAACGGCCAAGCAGGUGAAAGAUAGUGGUGCAUUUCCGAUGUUAGUCGAUUUGAGUAGCUCUAUGAAUAGUGCUCUUUUCACGAUGGUGAAUAUCGCUCAGCUGGAUGAAAUGCUGGUCGAUGUAGGAAGCUCGGGAAUAAUCGUGAAAAUUGUUACCAGAUUAGCCAGCAAUUCCGAAGAUUCCAAUAAGAAGCUACCGGACGGCAAGUGGGAAGCGGUGUUCAUCACAUUAUGUCGGUUAUGUAAAGAGCCAUACAAUUUGAUACGAGUGAGGGACUCUGGAGGCCUGUCGCAACUGGUAGCUGUUCUUAACGCUCCUGAGAAAAAGAAGCUAUGGACUUAUGCCACCUAUACAUUAAUGAGCUAUAGACAUGACGACACCGCUUUAGCGGAGUUGGUUCGACUGCACCUGCUCGAAGCCUUAGUGUCCUAUUUGGAAAAGUACACUAAGGAGAACGCGCAAGACCACCAAAUCGACGCUGAAAGUAAUAAUGGAGAAACUGGAGAAGAUGCUGUCGCUAAGCCACUUGGUUCAGUCAGCAAUAAGCAUGAAAUACUCUCAGACCGCUCGAGCUGUUUAUCGGGACAAUCGGGUGAACAUGAAACGGGCAUCCUGAGUACGACGGACACGGAAACAGUAGCUUCGGUCGGAUCUGACCACGAGUGUAAUACCGAAGAAUCUCAAACAAAGCGUCCGAAACUAUUUUGCUUAAAUUCACCUAGUUAUCUAGAAAUCAUGCAAGCUAGAAGUCUUGCUUUCAACUACGAGCUUGGCGCUAAUGAAGAGUACAGCGAUUACGUGGGCCUGCCAGGUUACUCUGGGAUGUCACCUCGCUCGUCGCGCCCACCAGCCAUGCCUGAUUUUGACGAGCAUAGUUCUACGGGAAGUCCUCUAAGUUUAGGUAGUAGAAGCACGAGUCCAUGUCGAACGGAAGAUGACGCAAGCCAGGACGCGGCCUAUUCACCAGUUUAUGGUAGCACACCUGGAAGUUCAUCGUCCGACCACGAAGAUGACGGGGAGGAGAAGAGUUUCAACUGUUUUAGAAUUGCCAGUGAAAAAUUGCAUCGUCGUCAAAUACGCCGUCAGGAAAGCGAAAAAAAAAGGAAUACUGACAAAAAUGAGAGAACGAUUGGAAAAACUGCUGCAUGUAAACGGAGAAUCAGUGAAGCAGGGAAAAGCGAAAUUGUUGCACCUAAAGAUAUAAUGGUGGAUCAUGUUCUGCGUAUCCUGGAAAUUUACACCUUUCCGCGAAGUAUUGAUCUGCUAGCAGAACAAGCCACCCGAGUGUGUACCGCUCUCCUUCGAUAUAUUGCCUCGGUGCCGACAUCACUGAGUCGUGCUGAGAAGGUUGCUGUUAUGAUUGUUCAACAUGCGAUGUUCUUUCGGGACUUUCUGCAGGAAGACUGUAUCCUUGAGACGUUGACUAUCCUGCAGAAAGCACACCGGAAGAAUGACUGUUCGAGAUGUUUCUACCUGUCGACAGUUCGGGACCAGAUGUUACAGAAGCUGUCUUCAAUAGCCGAGGGUGGAAUGGGUUCUGGAGAGAUUGCCAGUCAUUUAGUAGGGGAUACCCCUGCGAGGUGUAAGGAACAAACUGCUUUAGCUUUAACAUUUGUCGUGCGAGAUGCCCAAACACUGUAUACAUUGUUAUUCGAUUGUGGGGGUAUGGACCUUCUCUUCGAUAUACUUCAGGUUAGCACUGAAGCGUUGGAUAGAAAAAACGGCUUUUUAAUAAAACUGGCUAAAAAUGGCGGGAAUGCUCAAGAUAAAGAGGAAAUCGAAACAUUAAAAAGUGGAACCAAAAAAACGUCCGAUGGCAUCGUUGCUGACAUCGAGGCGCGAUUUCGGUUAGCAGUUGGUGCUCUAAGGGAAAUUGGCAAGACCUGUCGCCUGGUGUUAGAUAAAGUGAACUUACCUGAACUUGACGAUAAAGUUUGUGACGCUAAGGAAAUCCUCUUAGAAUCCGAUUCCCCUGAAGGUGUUACGCUUGAACUCGAUGAUGGAAAGAUGUUAACAGCUGAUAGAAAACGACUGAUGCAAGAAUCGACUUACUUCGCAGCAAUGUUGCGUUCUGACGGUUUUGCCGAGAGUCACACAAAUUCGGUGAAACUGCCAGGCAUAACUGAAGUUGCCGCUAGGACAGUUCUUCACGCACUGAUCUGCAAACAUCAAUGUGUAAAUAAGAUACACAGUUUAGAUACUGCGAUACAGUGUCUCGAGCUGAGUCACAUGUUGCUACUUGGUCCUCUUGAGACUUCACUUGGUCGACUCGUCGCAUCCUUGAUGCUCUACCAACGUGAUGUUGUGACGGUGUACCCACGGGUGGCUCUUUUUGAAGGCAAUGCUAGCUCACUAAGGCCACGAUGUGUUGCAAUGUUACUUGCAAAGAACGAUGGUCCUUUGACACCUGUAGCAGAAACGUUUCGAACGCUACUUAGAGGGGCGUUUGGGGGACAUUUCCUGGAUGACAUCCGAACGGCCGUGAAGGUGGCGCUGCUCAGAAAAGGCAGUUAAAGAAGGUGUUUAGGCGAAGACUUGUAAAUAAAAUAAAAGGAGUUUAUCGGGAACGCGACAUUGGAAUCGUUCCUAAGCCAUAUGUUGACAGACAACGUUAUCUUGUUGUUAUCUUGGUAAAGGAACCACGCUAUGUUUAUGUGGGACUUCCAAGGUGAAUCGAAUCGCACAACUGUUUCCAUCCUUUGAAGAGAACUAUCAAGUUCGAUCUCUCAGCAUCAAUAUCAAUUUGGCCAGGGUAGGAACGGCGCAAUCAGGGGGUGAUAGAGCUGACCUUUGGACCUUCACCAAUUCCUCGCAAUAUUCCAUUCUUAGCUCGAGCUCAGCUACGCGACAUCGUGACUCUCUUAGGUCGAAAGAAAAUCUAAUCAGAAUCGUUUAAGACGGGCGUAUAAUUUCCAGGUAUGUAUACCCCCAUCUCCUACCAAAGCUCGGAUCAAUUCGAGAAUUCGAGAACGUUGUUCGAGCAGAAAGUAUCGCGGAUCAAUGCGCGCUCGCGCGCGAGAUAUUGGCGUAUCGGAAGCGCAAAAAAUGUGUUCGUAGAAUGUUAUGAUGCUCCUGAUCAUCAACGUCAGACAUUUCCUUAAACGUGUAUCAUUUUGAAAAGCUUUCUCCUAAAUUUCACUUCUAAAUAGCAUAUCAGCAUCGUCGGACAAACCGUAGCCGCUGAUGAUUCUAUGAAGUUGUAUACGGGAGCGCCACGCCGCACCAUGAAGACAGGUCGGGAUAUGACGGCUUCUAGCAUUUAUGUCUUGGCGCGUUCAUUCAAAAAUUCUAAUCGGAUGUAGCGAAUUGGAGAGAGCGAAACCGUACUCUUAUUUAAAUACUUAAAUAGGACACAUUUUGCUUCGACUUGUUUAGUUGCUCGUUUAUGUUUCACCAUUUUCGAAGCAACUAUUAAAAAGAUUAUCUAUUUAAUCUAAUUUUACUGUUUAGCUACCAGAAAAGCUAAUUAUAUGCAAGCCAGUUAGGGAAACGGCGCGGAAACAGACGUAGAAUAAAAGAAACGUUCAAAAACUUUGUAUUAUAUGAUGCUCAUUAUGGUUUUGGUUCUACCUCAAGUAAUGUACACAAAGUACCAAACUGGAACACCUUGAACGAUAAAGGUUCGAUUUUUACAUUGCGCAUGUACUGUAUAAUCUAGAAGCAUUAAUUCCUCUAGCAUUGACCUUUACGUGUGACGUGGAAGCAAAUAACAACAGAAUGGUCACAUUCACUACUUGGAACGUACUUGCCUGGAGUACGUACUUUGUAAAAUAAGUACGUAAAUUGUACAAAUGUUCAUAUUUUAUAAGUGGUCGUAACCUCUUCAAUUGAAGAAACUUACCAAAUUUUACGUAUUGUGCUUGCUGCUUUGUAAGUUGUCGUCAUCGACGAAAUAGAAAUAAAUCUGGGAACAUGCGUUUUCUGCCAUGAAGUCUGUGUCGCAUGGGAACAGCAUGCGUCGCUUUGCUAUACAUAAGAAAUCUUUCGUAAGGGUAACAAAAGCUCGUAUACUUUGUUGGAUUCUGCCAUUCAUCGAUAUUAAUUUUCACUCAAGUUAUUAAUGCAUUUUGGUACCAUUAUCAUACGCUGCACGCGUUGUACAAGUAUAUAGCAUACAAUCGUAUUUGUGGAGAUCGACCAGAGAUAGACCCUGACUAGUCGAUAGCAUUUUAUUACCGAUUCAAGCACGUAGCUGUUCGCUGAUCCACAUAGGCCUAAUCAUUUCCAUAAUGAACCAGAUACGUUUCGCCAGACUACUGAAGUCGAGGCCGAUUGAGCUGCUUGACGUAACUUAAGCUGCAUCUUCGUUUGAGUCCUUCGCUCUGCUUACAGGUUUAAUACGCGUUUAUAAAUCAACUGUAGUAAGCAUAAUACUCAACAGAAAAUACUUGUAUUCAACGCAUACGAUAGUGCCAUUUGCGUGUCCCGACUAACCAGAGGAACUACAUCGCAGAAGUUGUCACUCACUAUUCAUACAUGUCAUUUGUUAUGAAACUACCUUCACUCGGCUAUUGGGUGCUCGAAACAUAUCGGUGUUUGUUUCGGGUAAGAUACAAAAACAAUAACCUUUUAAUCGUUAUCAUAAGCAGCUUAAUCAAUUAUAUUGUGCUCUAACAGGUUCGUUCUCUACAGACGGCUCUAUUCCUAACUCAGUCAAUACCGUUUCUUCUAAAGGUUACUAUGUGCGGUAUACAAAAAAAAGUCCGAAAAGGACUAAUGGUGAAUUCGAGAAGAAUAUUAAAUCAUCUAUCGACUAAUCUGUUAUAAUUGUGUUGUAAUAAUUAUCUGUAAUAUAAUGUCUAGCAGCCGUACUACGAACGGGGAGAUAAAUGUACGUAUUAAGACUGGAGCUGACAUGCCGCUGAAUGAUAUUCUAUUUAGAGGACACAGCAGGCAAGAUAUAGAAAACGUGCUAAGCAUACCGGUUCCUUCUCUCUCAGUCAAGUAACCUAGGAGAUCAUAGCUUUCCUGUAUUACAAUAUAUCUUUGCCUUACUCUAAGUGCUGAAAAAUUUUCAAAACACAAAAGCAUAUCAUUACAAGACGCCUACCUUGUAGUACGUCAAAUCAGAUCAAUCAGCUUUUGUUGGUCUUAUACGAGUAAUUUUCUUCAAGUUCUUGCACGUUCUCAAUAUGCACAUGGAAGUAUCUGUUACUACUACACCACUAAGGUACAGAUAAUUUUUGUAUCUUGAUUAAUAUCGUGUAGAUAUUUAGUGAACUACAUUGCUACGCUGCAUUGAAGGAAGGGGGAAAUUUAAAAAAGUGCGCCAAAAUUUACCAUUCAAGUCAAUAUUUCGAAAGCCGAUGAACUAUUCGAGUAGAAACUUUCGGGUAGAAAAUAAAAAAAUACCAGCAAAGGCGUUGUUAUUACAAGAGGAUAGAGUUGCAGCCGUGUCAUUGUAUGUUAUUGAACAGCCAGCUAUCAGUGUUUGUACUUCCGGCAAUUUGUGUAAUGAAUGGAAUGCGAACUGUCUCAACAGACCAUUAUUAGCAGAAACCCUUGCCAAACGCAUUUAUUGGCACUAGCUGGUACAAAUGGCGAGGCAGGUUAGCAGGCUUAUUGAUGGGGUGUGCAAGGGGUUGGGAAGACACGUGAUAUUAUCAUGUGAUUAUUGGUGCUACAAUAUAUACAGUCAGGGCGUUCGCAAUGAGCACCGGACUUAAUAGCUUCAAUAUAGCCGCCCGCGUUGUCGUGUGCGCGAUCCUAACGGUAUCUUAUCUGAUAAAUAAGACCAGACCCUUUUAGUAUCUAUAGUGUACUAGGUAACGAAAGCGAAUAGUGUAUGAUAUGCAGUAUUUCAUCCGAGGGAUUAUAUCAUUCCAUAAUAACCUUAAACACUUUGAAAUUACGUUACUUCUUUACAAAAAUAUUGUAUAUGAAACAGUUAUGUGAAGGGUAAUUGAAAACAACCUUCGAGGGAACAUUGCUAAUCGGGCAAAUAACUACAAGAAUAAAUGGAUUGUACUAUACUAGGUUAUACCGUCAAGUCAAGCUCUGAUACACGACAGCACCUUAUGGCCAUUAGUCGACCUUUCCACACGUGUAGAAUCACUAGUAAAUUGUACCGAGGACAUAGGCCAAAAUAAAUGACACCCAGUGGAAUUUAGUAGGAAUAAUCAUUGUACAAAGUUUAUCUGAGUGAGACGUAAAAACUUCCGGAGGUGGUGUGCAUACGUUGUGCAUGCGACCUCUGGAAGUUACACUUAAACGACGUCCAAGGUGCAUCUAGCCCUGUUUGUAUUUUAACUGUCUUCAGUUCUGGAACGAGAGUUCACUUAAAAGGUUUACCGUUGUCGAAAGUGAUUCUAUCCACUGGAUGACUAGACCGCCCUUUUAUUAUUAUUUAUUGUGCUACGUUGAGUCACGCAUAUACAAUAUGGCGGAUUUUAGAUUGGGUAAGCUGACUGCCAUGAUUUACUCACGAAUACUCAAUGAAUAUUAGAUACUGCCACAAAUGGUAGUUUUAAUGUCUACAGACACAAUCAUCUAAACGUCCAGAUGUUCUAUGUUUUAAAUAUUAAUUAUUAUUUUUAUUACCUCAAAAUCUCACAUAAGAGAAAGACUCCGUUUUAUUAUUACAUUAUAUAUAUAUAAUUACACGUCGUUAUGAAAUGAGUCAUUUUGACAGUUAAGUGUUCGCAACGAGGCAGUGACUUUUCCUCCAGAAAUAUACGUCAGUUCAUGUAACUGGGGAAGCUCCAUGAACGGCCCCGUCUGCACCACCGAUGUCCUUUCCACGAAUCGAUGACUAAUAAAGAUCGUUAGCACGGCGAGUGGAAGGAUGACCACUGAUAGAAUGAAACGUACGUGACGUACAGAGCCUGUCGUCUCCGUUGAUUAGCUAUCGUGAUUGGCCAACGGGAACAGAAGAAAUGUGUUUUAUCAGCGAAGCGGUAUGCUACAAAAAAUAGCUUGCCACUGAAAAACAGCUUGCUGAUGAAGAUUCAGUGACUGAGACAUUUGCUGCCAUUCUCACCGAAACAAUGGCUAUUCCGUCCUACAAAAUCAGAGGUAAACCAACGGUUCCUUCUGAUGUAAGCAACAAUUGUCCAACGUUGGAAAGAGCAGAGCGUACGGGCGGAAUACCGAAAACAAGCAACAAUUCAGCACGACAGUUUUAAAUUAGUGGCCCCGACUGGUUCCUGAUCUGAACCAGCCCUUUCGUUCGGAAGAAAGAUCAGAACUGGAGAAGAAGUUCGCGUGGUCCAGUCUUAACUUCAUUUUGUAAUCGUUUCCGUAAUUUAAGCUGGCCUUAGGAAAUUACCGCGUGCAGUUGACGCCGCAAUUCAGUGCUGUGUUCAUCGGCGAAUACGUUUUCUAUUUUAAGGACGUACUGCGCAUCGCUCAUUGGAUAACGUCGUUGUUGUUAAGGCGAUUGUAUCCAGUGAGAGUUUUCACGCCUUGUUUUUUUUUUCGUCGCUGGUCGAUUUUGCCAGUUGGACCAAACAAGACUCCUCUGCGGAAUGAAGGACGCGGGCAGGAAGGACGGUGAUAGAUGUCUCGUGUGAAGGACGACGUGCCGAAAGAUUAGCCACAGAUAAAUGAUUUAACUUACCUAGGAGAAGAAUACAAUAAAAGUUAUUGCGAUGAUAUAUCGUUUUGCAAUGAUUUAAAUGAGUUGGGUAGCAUGGCAGCUUGAACAGAAAUGUUAGCCAACCAAUUAAUAAGUUAAGCAGACUUCAGAGUUAACGAAGUCAACGGGGCGUCUUGAUACUAUUUUACGAUAACAGCUCCAUCAAUCAAAAUACGAACGACGGCUAUUUACCGAACUAUGUCGAGCUUAUUUAAGAAUGCUUACGAUAUAAUUUCAUACUGUGGAAUCAGCGGUAGAAAUUAAAUGAUGAUUUUGGGAACAAAACUGUCGUGUCAUCUAAUGGCCUUCAAAGGCAGUGGGUUCCAUUCGCCCAGCUCUGUUACAAAUGGCAGCAACCUAGAACAUUCAAUAGAAGCACGAAGUUGAAUAAACAUUGCGGUGUUUCUGCUUUACCGAACUAAGUUAGCGUGUGCUUCUAAGUGUUCUCCUUCAAACCAGGCCGACAAACAAUGCUGUUAAGCGUAAACAAACUUGAGCGUUUGCAGAUAUCACGUCCUACAAAGCACACACAAAUGACAACUAAUACCUUAGCAGCAGCUACUGAGAGACGUAAACUACUAACAUGUUUGAAUGUCCUAUGCGUUCAUAGCUUUGCAAAUUAAUUCACGUAAUCCGCGUGUUUGUGGGCGCAGUUAAUCCAAUUAGAACCACUUUGAUUUGUACGAACCUUUAUUAAAUGAGGCAUUUAUCGCUAUACGUAUGCAAGGACAAUUAGUGCGGCUUGGGCAGCUGCAUUUGCCCAGAUUUAGCAAUCAUAGGCCUGUACCACUGGAUGUUGAAGCUCUCGAAUCUUCUCGUAAGUUCAUAAAAUGGAUACAUACCGAUACAGUAAGUCUGGAAUCAAUGUUUUCGUUGACGAUUCCUAUAUUUAUAUCGAAAUCUAUCAGACGACCCUCUUGAGUACCGCCUCCAUCCAAUCGCAAACAGGUGCACACAAAGAUGUACGAUCGUAUCUAAGGUGUU